AUGAACCUCUCCAUACCCCGCUUUACCCGCCUGCGGCGGCUGGUCCGUCUCAUCCUCGGUCCCUCCACUCCCACGCCCGACGACGAAAUCCCCUCCCCGUCAACUCCGCUCACCUCCUCAUCCACCCUGCCCAAUCAUCGUGCAUGUACUACCUUCCCGGAUAAAGGCGUCUAUCGUCUCGCCACGUCGUGUCGGCUACACUACGCGCUCAUACCGGUCUUACUGCUCUGGGCGACCGCCAAUGUGCUGCUCAUCCGGGAGCAGUACUUUGCCCCCUCCAGUCCGCAGACUAUCGGCUGUACGGACUCGUUAUGGUCCGAUUGGCCGCCUGAUGCCUGCGGGCUGAAUGGGACAGACUGCGACGUGGCGCUGAACGGAGAGGGAGGAGGGAGGUAUAGGUGUCUUGGGGGAUGCACCUACUCGCCGUUGGGGAACCCAAGAUGGGUUGGAGGGAGCGAAGUGAACAGGCGGCCACUAGUCAUUGGCGGUGGAGACGGCCCUACUUACCGCGCGGACUCCUGGAUCUGCGCAUCGGCGAUCCACGCCGGGCAAAUCAGUCCCACACUGGGAGGAUGUGUGGAUGUCAACUACGUCUUCGCCUCUUCUACAUCCAACCUACUCGGCGGCUGGUCGAAUGGCAUCCUCUCAGCGCCUUUCCUCCCCUCCUUCCCCGGCUCGUAUACCCUCAGUCCAAGCUCCGGUCCCGGUUGCUGGGACAUCCACCCUUUCAUCAGCGCCUUCAACGCACUGAUGCUCUUCCUCACCACGGUCUUCCUCCUCCCGUCGCCUGCAGUCCUGCUCGGCACCUUAAUCAUCCUCGGCUGGGGCCAAAUCCAGCUCGUAUCGAAUCCUCGAUAUGUCCCGCCGUUCUGGGAGUACAUCUUUGCCGGUCUCCCACCAGCCCUUCUUGGCGGAUACUGGUUCUACCGCGUCGCCUUCAAGCGGAGUUUGGAGGGAUUCAGGGAGUUACCGGUGGAGCUGGCGCUUUGGCAGGGAUUAGGAUACUGGAUCGGUAUCGAAAGCUCGACGAUCUUUGCGCGAUUACCGCUGUCGGGGAGAAUAGGCUACGACGGGAUACCGCCAGAUGGGAAGGGCGUACUGGCGGUGUUGAUCCUGAUCGUGGCCUUCAUUGCGGUCCUGCAGGCGUGGGAUUUGCGGAAGUACGGCAUGCUGCAGUACUACAUCGUUAGGUACAUAUGGCUCGUUCCCGUCCUGGUGGUGCUCUCGCAGAUCCCUGGGUACACUCUGCGCAUACAUCACUGGUUCUACCCCAUGCUCGCCAUACCCGUCCUGUCUCUGCCGAAUCGAGUCAGCAUCUUCGGACAAGCCAUCAUGCUUGGCCUGUUUUUGGACGGUAUCGGACGAUGGGGAUGGGCCGGUAUCAUCCAGCAGACAGCUUCGCUCCUCGGUGACGCCAAUUCCGGAAGCUACAUCCCCGACGUCAGCUUUGCAAAUUCGACCUUGACGAUGCUGUCCUGGUUGGCGACUCCUCGCAAUCUGACCAGGUUAGGCAUCACGGGCGUCCAGGUGGUGGUCGACGAUGUCUUGCGGCUAGCCAACCACACAGCGACGAAUGUCACGCUGGCGCAAGUCGGGUUAGGGGAUGGCGGCGGGAUAGAGCACUUUUUCCGACUUGCUUACAUGGCGAACGAUACUUCCCUCGACUUCACAGAUCCGAUCGUCCGCUUGGUCAAUGGCUCGUACGCGUUCGCAAAGCCAUGA